AUGUCCAAUGUGAAUGCUGCUGUUGAGUCGCUGGCAGCUCGCCUGAAGCGGAAGCAAAUCCGCGGAUCUCACAAGGUCGCCCUCGAGACUGCAUUGGUGCUCAGACAGGUUGUGUCCAAUGCGCGAUGGUUGGACCAGGAUCAGUUGGUGGAUCAGGUGAAGGAGGUUGGACGACGGCUUGUUAAGGCUGCUCCAAGAGAGCUUGCCUGUGGUAAUGUCGUUCGACGCAUCCUGCGAGUUAUCCGCGAAGAAUAUCGAGAACUGCGAGAACUGAUCGGGGAAACAACUCCCUUCACCCCCAUGACCCCUGCAACAAUCGCACCGGAUAACUUCCAGUUUGACCGCCUUACAGUCUCCCCUAUCGUCUCCAAUAUGUUCCAUCCGUCAAAUGGUGCACAACCAGCAAAAUCCAUGACAACACGGCAAGAGCAGCAUUUCGACUUGAAGCCGCAAAUCAUCCAGGGGAUUCAGGAGUUUAUUGAUGAGUUGAAGACGAUUUAUGAGAAUAUCAGUGCGCAGUCUCUGGAUCACAUUCACUCUAACGAGAUCAUUAUGACCCACGCAUCAUCCAAGACCGUCGAAUCCUUCCUCCGCCACGCAGCCAAAAAGCGAAAGUUUACCGUCAUCCUUGCCGAGGCUAUGCCAAACGACCUCGAGCCCACGCACUCCAUGGCAACGACGCUGUCAAAGGCCGGUAUUGAUGUCAUUGUCAUUCCAGAGAGCGCAGUAUUCGCAAUGAUGUCCCGCGUGAACAAGGUUCUCUUGGGUACCCACUCUGUCUUGGCGAAUGGUGGAUUGCUGGCUUCAAGUGGUGCAAGGAUGAUCGCGGCCGCAGCACAGAGACAUGCUAUCCCUGUCGUAUGCUGUACCGGACUCUACAAGUUGAGUCCGAUGUACCCGCAUGACGUUGAGAGCUUUAUGGAGUUGGCGAGUCCUGAGAAGGUUCUUGGGUUUGAGGAGGGUGAAUUGAUUGACAAGGUUGAGGUCAUCAACCCAUACUAUGACUAUGUCUCGCCAGAGUUGGUUCAGCUUUACAUUACGAACUUGGGAGGCCACCCGCCGAGUUAUCUCUACAGGUUGGUUGGGGAUCAUUACGAUGCGGUGGAUACGGUGCUCUGA